UCCGCCAUCAUUCGGCAGUAGAGUGCUAGUAGAGGCGAGCGGUCGGUUGUCAACAAGUCUGGAGUGAAGAAGAUCUCCGACUGUUACAGCAGCUCUAGUGGAGGCUGAUAAUCGGCUCCACAAACUUAUUCCCCUGCAGGACUAGGAGCAGAGUUUCAUGUGAACGCAGAAAAACAAAGAGCCAAACAUGUCCAAUCUCAGCAAAGGCGGCACCAAAAAGGACACCAAGAUGAGGAUACGGGCUUUUCCUAUGACGAUGGACGAGAAGUACGUCAACAACAUCUGGGACCUUCUCAAGAACGCCAUCCAGGAGAUCCAAAGGAAGAACAACAGCGGCCUGAGCUUCGAGGAGCUGUACAGGAACGCGUACACUAUGGUGCUGCACAAACACGGAGAGAAGCUCUACACGGGUCUGCGGGAGGUCGUCACCGAGCACCUCAUUUACAAAGUGCGUGAGGACGUAUUAAAUUCUCUGAACAACAACUUCCUACAAACGUUAAACCAAGCCUGGAACGACCACCAGACAGCCAUGGUGAUGAUCAGAGAUAUCCUGAUGUACAUGGACCGAGUUUACGUGCAACAGAACAACGUGGAAAACGUCUAUAAUCUGGGGCUCAUCAUCUUUCGGGACCAGGUGGUUCGCUACGGCUGCAUCCGGGACCACUUGAGGCAGACUCUGCUAGACAUGAUAGCCCGCGAGAGGAAGGGCGAGGUGGUGGAUCGGGGUGCCAUACGUAAUGCCUGCCAAAUGCUGAUGAUCUUAGGCCUUGAAGGCCGAUCUGUCUAUGAAGAGGACUUCGAGGCGCCGUUCUUAGAAAUGUCUGCAGAAUUCUUCCAGAUGGAGAGUCAAAAGUUCUUGGCCGAGAACAGCGCGAGCGUGUACAUAAAGAAGGUGGAGGCCCGGAUAAACGAGGAGAUCGAGCGAGUGAUGCAUUGCCUGGAUAAGUCCACGGAGGAGCCCAUCGUGAAGGUGGUGGAGCGUGAGCUCAUCUCUAAGCACAUGAAGACUAUUGUGGAAAUGGAGAACUCUGGCCUCGUCCACAUGCUUAAAAAUGGAAAGACAGAAGACCUGGCAUGUAUGUAUAAGCUGUUCAGCAGGGUGCCAAAUGGUCUAAAGACAAUGUGCGAGUGCAUGAGCGCCUACCUGCGGGAGCAGGGCAAGGCUCUAGUGUCAGAGGAAGGAGAGGGAAAGAACCCAGUGGACUACAUCCAGGGUUUGCUGGACCUGAAGUCUCGCUUUGAUCGCUUCCUGCAGGAGUCCUUUAAUAACGACCGGCUGUUCAAACAGACCAUAGCGGGCGACUUUGAGUACUUCCUCAAUCUCAAUCCUCGGUCGCCCGAGUACCUCUCGCUCUUUAUUGAUGACAAGCUGAAGAAGGGCGUGAAAGGACUUACUGAGCAAGAGGUUGAAUCCAUCCUGGAUAAGGCCAUGGUGCUGUUCAGGUUCAUGCAGGAGAAGGACGUCUUCGAGCGCUACUACAAACAGCACCUGGCCAGGAGGCUCCUAACCAACAAGAGCGUCUCCGACGACUCGGAGAAGAACAUGAUCUCAAAGUUAAAGACGGAGUGUGGCUGUCAGUUCACCUCUAAACUGGAAGGCAUGUUCAGGGACAUGAGCAUCUCAAACACAACCAUGGAUGAGUUCCGCCAGCACCUGCAAUCAACAGGGGUAUCUUUGGGUGGUGUUGACCUCACAGUGAGGGUGUUGACAACAGGUUACUGGCCAACUCAAUCAGCCACACCCAAGUGUAACAUCCCCCCUUCACCCAGACAUGCAUUCGAGGUUUUUAGAAGGUUUUAUUUGGCCAAGCACAGUGGCAGGCAGCUCACACUACAGCACCACAUGGGCUCUGCAGAUCUCAAUGCUACCUUCUAUGGACCAAUUAAAAAGGAGGAUGGCUCUGAUGUGGGUGUGGGUGGUGCCCAGGUGACAGGUUCCAAUACCAGAAAGCAUAUUCUUCAAGUCUCCACCUUCCAAAUGACCAUUCUGAUGCUCUUUAACAACAGAGAGAAGUCUACCUUUGAGGAGAUCCAGCAGGAAACGGACAUCCCGGAACGAGAGCUGGUGCGGGCGCUGCAGUCUCUUGCCUGUGGAAAGCCCACCCAGCGAGUGCUCACAAAGGAGCCCAAAUCCAAAGAGAUCGAGAAUGGGCAUGUAUUUACAGUCAACGACCAGUUCACCUCCAAAUUGCACAGAGUAAAGAUCCAGACAGUUGCUGCUAAGCAGGGCGAGUCCGACCCCGAGAGGAAAGAAACACGGCAGAAAGUGGACGACGACAGAAAGCAUGAGAUCGAAGCGGCCAUCGUUCGCAUCAUGAAGUCCAGGAAAAAGAUGCAGCACAAUGUGCUAGUAGCAGAGGUCACUCAGCAGUUACGGGCACGAUUCCUUCCUAGUCCUGUGGUUAUUAAAAAGCGCAUUGAAGGACUCAUAGAGAGGGAGUAUUUGGCACGAACGCCAGAAGACCGCAAAGUGUACACUUAUGUAGCGUAAAUGUGGCAUGAAUUUCAAAUAAAAUCUGGAGAUGAAGAGUGCAAGAAAGUUAUUUUGGGACUUGCUAUGCGCAUGAACUGGGAGGUUUUCGUUGUUUUUUCCCUUUUUUUUUUUUUUUUUUGUUUGUUUCUUUUUUGUUUUCCACCGUUUCUGGGGUAAACUGAGAAGUUAACCUUUAACCUUCUGUACGAAGUGGUUUUAAAUAGUUCCUAGCAGUUCACAAAAAAGCCUUCCAAAGCUUCCAUGGAACUGGAUGUGAUUCAGCUCUGGACUUGCAGACGAGGUGUUUGUCUCUGUGAGAGAACUGUGCUAGGGUCGCUGUAAACCCUAUAAAACUGACCUGGAAGAACAACAGAAGUGCCCAAACAAAAGAAGAAUGAUGGCUUUUCAAUGUGCAACUGCUUCCACAUAGCAUUCAGGUCACAGUGAAAUACAGUACGUAAACCUUCCCAGAUUUCUUUUUUGUUAGCUUGAGCCUCUUUUCCAUGUCUGUGUAAACGUGUUAGUGUUCUGUGGCACCAUGUUGGUUCAACAGGUAGAACACUGCCUGCAGAAGAUUUUUAAAAAAUUGAGGCGGGGUAUCAGAGAGCCAUAUCGUUGCUUUGAAGCAUGCCAUUUCUGAUGCGGGGUGGACUAACAAUUUCAAGAACUGGUUUGAACUGGUUUGAACUGGUUUCCUUGUUUUAAUGUUUUCUCUAUUUGGCAUGGCCAAAUGUAAAUUUAAAUAUUAGCUUAUUUUGUAGGGUCCUUCAGAUGCAGUUCAAUAAGAGGGUUUGGGGUUUUGUGCGGGGGGGGGGUUUGCUUGUUUUUUUUUUUGUUUGUUUUUUUUCCUUUCAGUAAAAGAAGGAACUUCUGGAGCAUUGUGUCUAAAAGUGUAUAAAUUGUAAAAUAAUUAUUGUACUCAUGAAGUGAACUGUACAGGGCCUUGUUUUCAUCAUUAUUAAAUGUAGAAAAGGAGAUAAAAAAUAAAUGGAUUUGCUGCUUUG